AUACUACACAAACAUGAACGUAGAAACAAAAAUAACACUUACAUAGAAGUUUUUAAUUACAUCGUUCACAACACUCAUGGAGAAUGAAAAAUAAUUAUGAAAAUGAAGAAGUGUAUCGUGUGUAAUUAACGUGUGGAUCGGGAGGUAGCGAUAAACAAAAAUAGACGAACCGUUGAUUGUGAUACAGCUGUACUCAGUGGUUAGCACUUAUCAAUUCUCUACAAUUGAUGUAAACCAGAAAAGUGAAUCGUAAAAUUACAAUCGUAAUUGUAAGUGAAUCAUUGUUUAACUCGAGCCAAUAUAAAAUCGUAUUUCUGUUGGGCACUAGUGCGUAGACAGAUCGAACGAUAUGUUAAUCGUGGUCGCGGUUAAAAAUUACACGUUUCAAUAAAAAUUACAUUCGCGUUGUCACAUGGUUAUCUCAUGUACGUUUCAAUCGGAAAGGUACAAGCGGUUUGUCAACGCUUUUGGUGAAAACAGCGAACGGACAAUAAGAUCGCGUCGCGCGUUUUGACGAUGAUUCGCGCGGUGACAGUGAUUGUCGCGUUCGCAAUUCUCGGCGCGGUACCCGUUGAAAACGUUCGCGUGUUGGCCGUGGAGACGAGAGGCGGAAAGAGUCACUGGAACUUUAUGAGCGGACUGUUGCGGUCGUUGACGGACGCCGGGCACGAAGUCGUCGCGUUCACACCGUUUCCGGACGGUCCGCGGGCCAACUACACCGAGAUAGACACGUCCGGACAGGUAAAGGUUCAUGUGGGCGUGACGGCCGAACGGGUUUUGAAGGAUUUCGCACUGAUGAGCACCAACGUGGCGAUCAUCCGGCACAAUUGCGACGGGAUUCUCCGUCACCGACGAUUCGAAGGGAUACUGCGUGACCAUGACGCCGGGACCGCGAAAUUCGACGUCGUCAUUGCGGACCCUUCAGCUGCCGAUUGCGUGUCGCACGUGGCCCACACGCUCAACUUGCCCGUCGUGUACUCCAUCUCGUCGUCAAUGCUCACGUUCGCCGAACGCCGUUUCACUGGGCACGCGUCGAAUCCCGCGUGCAUUUCCAAUUUGAUUGCCCAUCAUUCCGUGCCCAGAACGUUUGUCCAGAGGUUGACGAACACUUUUACCACGGUGUACAGCACCGCGGCGUAUGAAUACGAAAAUUGGCUGCAGAGGAUCACCGAUCCUAAACCGUACGAUUCGUCUCCUUCCGUUCCACCGUCCGUUAUCUUUCAGAACAGUUAUUACGGAACUGAAGCUCCGAGACCAGUUCCGACCAACCUUAUAGAUGUCGGAGGUAUUCACUUGAAACCGGCCGGAAAAAUUCCAAAAGAUAUCUUAGAAUUUAUUGAAGAAUCUUCGCAUGGAGUUAUAUACUUCACGUUUGGUUCAGUAUUCAAAAUCUCUUCAUUACCACACCACAUUAUAAAAGCAUUCAAAGAAGCACUAGCAAACGUUCCUCAAAGAGUAUUGUGGAAGUACGAAGAUGAAAUGGAGGAUCUACCAGAAAAUGUGAUGAUAAAAAAAUGGUUUCCACAGCGUGAUAUAUUAUUACACCCAAAAAUAAAAUUAUUUAUAAGUCAUGGUGGUAUAUCCGGAGUCUACGAAGCACUUGACGCUGGUGUUCCAGUUCUUGGGUUUCCCUUGUUUUAUGACCAGCUAAGGAAUAUAGAUAAUUUAGUCAGUGCUGAAAUGGCUAUAUCUAUGGACCUAUUUUCAGUAUCUAAAAAAUCAUUAUUAAAUGCUUUUUUAGAACUCAUCACUGAUGAAAAAUACACGAAGAAUGCAAAAAUCGCAUCUAUUCGAUUCAAAGACCGACCGAUGUCACCACAACAAUCAGUGAUUUAUUGGACAGAAUAUGUUAUUCGUCACAAUGGAGCACCACAUUUGAGAUCCCUUAUUUAUAAUUCAACUUGGUAUCAAUAUUUCCUAUUGGAUGUGGUUUUUGUUUUAUUAAUCCCAUUUUUUUUAAUUUCAUACCUAAUAUAUAAAAUAAUUUCUUUAUAAUAACCACCUGCUAACAAAGGUAAAUCUUAAUAAGUUAUUUAUUAAUAUCUAUUGUAUUUGUUUAAUUAAUUUUGUCCAAUUAAUUGCAUCAAACAGAUUUAGCUGUUAUGUCAUUUUAAUAAUUUUUUUAUCUCAGUUUUUUUUACGUAUAAUAUAUUUUCAUCGUUCAAGUGUUUGAAUUCGAUUCAUGAAAAAAGAAUAAUUCAAGAAACUUAAUAUCAGCAUUUAUUUGAUCGUAUUAAAUUCCUGUUUUUAAUCAAUAAUUUAUAAUCUCAAAAUAAAAUUCAACAUAUAUGAUCAUUACCGAAACAAAUAUUACGCAUUUUGUACAUAUUUAAAGUAUUAUUUGAAUUUAUGUAAGAUAAUAUCAAUUGUUACGUAUAUGAUCGAAGAAAUCUUAAAUGUUGUCUUAAAAAGCAUUAACAUGUAACAAUUUUGGAUUGCUCAGAGCUAAGACCAAUCUUAAUUACGACUCCUUAUGAUACUUGUCAGCAAGUUUUUGUUUACUUCACUUUAGCCAAUGGCCUCUCUGUCAUUUUAGCAGGAGUAUAUUUACCUCCUGCUACAAAUUUGUGUAUGAGUGUCAUGUCGAGGCUCUUGAUCGGGUCUGGAGAUCAUACGAUUUUGAUCUUAGUUUCGUAUUUGGUGACUUUAAUAUACCCAAUAUUAAUUGGUCCGUUUGUGAUUCGGGUCUCGUCUAUACAGGUGGUAUAACUGAUAAGGCCCGUGUUGUUGGAGAUCGUUUUAGUCUCCUUCACUUCGUCCAGAAGAACCAAAUUCUUAAUAACACUGGGUCUCUUUUUGACUUAAUUUUCACUCACAAUGAAUCCACCCAUGUCCAGCAAGCUACAGCUAUAUUAGUUCCAUGUGACAUUUGCCACCCAGCUCUGUCCAUAUUCUGUCCCUUUCCUUCAGCCUUUCCUAUGCUUGACACACAACAUACAUAUUACGAUUUAAAAAAUGCUAACUAUAAGAGGAUUAUUCAGAGACUAGAGCAGUGGUUCUCAACGGGACGAUAUCGCCCCCCAGUGGGCGGUGAAGUAUCACUGGGGGCAUUGAACUAUUUUUGGGUGGUAGGGGGGUGGUGAACUAGUUUUGGAUGGUAGAGGGGCGGUAAGCGUGUUCACAUAAAAACGUUGUACAUGGUGUGACCUAAAAAUAAUUCAUAUUUGAUAAUCCUUAUAAUAACUAUUAGUUACUAAUAGGUACUAUAUGUUGAGCAAUGCACAACAACAUAUCUUUCAUUGUUGAUAAAUUUAUUAUCUUUAUUAUUUUAGUGAUUGUGCAUGGACAUUGUAUUUUAUUAUAUUUUAUUAUAGUUACCUAUGUUGUAUCAUCACCUAACACAUAUAUUAAAUUUAAUAAAAAUUAAUAUAUUGUCAGCAAACACACACCACCUUCACAAAAUGCUGACAAUAUAGAUUAGAAUAGCAUAAAACGCCGCCCGCAAGACGAAAGAGGGGUUCGUUCUACUACCAUCGACGUGGAGAACGAAACGCUGCCCGUUUUGCGAGUGACCGAAUCGCGUGCCAAAAUCAUUAUCUAUGUUGAAUUGCGUGUAUGGUUUUCUAGCAACGGAGUCGAAUUGCAUAAUCCAAUAUAAUUAAUUAUAUUUGUAAGCAUGGUAGUGGUACAAAACGUUUCCGAUGCAUUCGCUGAAUUAUUUAACCAGCAAUAGUCGAAACAUAUAAAUCACUGCUGGAAGUUGAUUAGAGCAAAUUCAACAAAUGUCCAACACAGAGUACAGAAAUCACUGAUCCGUAUAUUUUUUUUUUCUCGACGAGAAGUCAACUUUUAUACAACUUUAUUCUCGUUCAAAAACGAAAAAAAUAAAUUUUGCAAACUAGCAAUAUUUAUAAAAAAUACUUGUAACAAGCAAAUUUGUUGUAAUACAUGGUGUUUGGCUAGAAUUGAGUUAUUUUGAACGGUUGCCUUUUGAUGAACACUGAAAUAACUAUUAUACUAUACAGUUAAACGUAUACGUGAGUAUAUUCUUAAUAAGCCAUCGGAUUAAUACCAUUCAGCAGAACAUUGAAAGGUUCAAAUUAUCUAUAUUGAUAUUGUUAUGACGUUUAUAUUAAUUUAUUAUGAUAG